AAAAAAAGCAGGGAAAAAAGAUAGCACUACCAAUUUGUUUUUUUCUCAACAAUUUUCACUCUCAAGAAAUCCAUUAUGUCAUCAUCCACAUCUUCUUCUUCUUCUUAAUCUCGUACACCUACUAGCAAUAAUCAUAGACUUAAUAAUAAAACCAUGGAAGAAGUUUGGAAAAACAUAAAUCUUUCUUCUCUAAAUGACGACACUACUACUUCUUCUAGAGAUCAUAUUGAUCCACAACAAAAUAUUAGUAAUUCUACCAAUUUUGGUGGCAUGAUUUUACAAGAUUUCUUGGCUAGGCCAUUUGCUAAUAACCCUAAAACAGCAGCAAAAGGCUAUGUCCCCCCUAUUUUUCCUCCUCCUGCUGCUGCUGCUGUUACUGUGUUGACAUUAAACUCUGGCCCUGGACUUCAUUUCUUUGGUAACUUAAGGCAAAACUCAAGUUCUGAGCAGCAAAAAUCUAUUUCUAAUACGUCAUUUGAGGAUUUGGCUUCACCAGUUGGAGGGAAUACUAAUGGAAGAAAGAGGUGCAGUGAGUCUGAUGAUAACAAUUCAAGUGACCAGAAAAACAAGAGGAUGAUCAAGAACCGUGAGUCUGCUGCUAGAUCAAGGGCUAGAAAGCAGGCUUAUACGAAUGAAUUGGAGCAAAAAGUAGCCCAUUUGAUGGAAGAAAAUGUCAGGCUCAAGAAGCAGCAACAGCCGUUAUGCUUAGCAGCAGCUGCUCAACUUCCAAAAAAGAAGUCUCUCUAUCGAACUUCAACAGCCCCAUUUUGAGAAAUAUCAGAGGAUGUAUGUGAAAUUUCUACAUAUUAAUCCACACUGUCCUUUUUGGUGGCCUCUUUUAUGUAUUUCUCUCUAGAAAGAGAAGGAAAAUAGAUGGUGAUUUUUGGCAAAGUGAAGGGCAUGAUCAAAUGGGAAGACAGUUUAUGCCUUUUUUGGCAAUGAAAUCAACAGCCAACAGCCAAGGGAUUUUUUUUCUCUAUGAGUCUAUGAUUUUGCUUGUUAGUUUCUUUUGGAAUCUUUCUAUCCAAAAAGCCUAAAGGGGUUUGGCUGGUUUCUGUUCCUUGUUUUAAUGUAAUGUAAAGUGAGUGGUUGAAUGAAGAUUAGACCUUUGUAGUGUUAUAAUAAUAAUACCCCUCCGUUUUAA